UGACUCCAGUCAAAUGCUCAUUGCCAGAGUGGUGAAAGCAGCAUGGUAUUUCCAGAUUUAGAACAUACUAGAUUCUCUUCAUAAUGCUUCAUUGAAUAAGACAAUUGCGGUGAAAGGACAAUUAAUGAUUAUUUUCUCAAGUGCAGACCAGGUCUGUGGAUGAAGUGUCAGCAAGGAGCAGUUCCUGACAAGCAAACAAGCUGACGGUGUUUGGAAACUCCCUUAGAGACACGAGUCCUUUGUUUUGGUUCUCACUGCACAACAUGACAAAGAAGAAAAAUUUAGGUGGAGCUGAUGUAAACUAGGGAAAAUAUACCAUGAUCUUCCUUCAGUUUGUAUCCUGGGAACACGAAGGAGAGGGCUGUAAAGACAAUGAAGAUCAUUCUCCUUUUCCUCAUUUUGCUGGGAGUAGUAUCUGGAAGAAAAACCCCGUUACUUAAGGGUUUACCCGCAACAAGCACUGUUGAAGAAAACACAGCAGCUGGUGUUUCAGUCUGUGACUUCAAUGUAACUGUUUCUCCAUUGUCUUCUGAAGGUGUUGCAAUUCUUCCUACCAUAGUAAAUUCAAAUCCACUUACAGAGGCUUUUGAUAUUGAAUCAAAAGGAGGUCUUGAAUACAGGGUUGUUACCACGGGAAACCCUGUCCUAGAUUAUGAAACAAUGCCAAAGAGCUUUGAUUUACACAUUUUUGUUGAAGAUACAACUGGAAGAACUGACCUUAGCAUAUUGACUAUUCGAGUAACAGAUAAAAAUGAACAUCCUGUAUUUAGAGGAAAUAUGGCAAUUCAAACUCUAAUGAUCUAUGUGUUGGAAGGAACACGUCCAGAAUGCAUUUACCAAGUUGAUGCAGCUGAUCCUGAAAAUGCGAAACUCAAAUAUUCACUGCUCCCUACGACAGUGCCGUUCUUGAUCACGGAAAGUGGAGCCAUUUUCUCCACAAAAGAAUUUGAUUAUGAGAAAGAUCCACAUUGUUACUUUUUAAAUGUAACAGUGACAGAUCUGGAUGGACUCAACUCAACUAAAACAGUAAAUAUAAAUAUAAUUAACAUCAAUGAUGAAAGUCCUUACUUUACCACAAAACAAAGAAUCUAUAGAAUUCCAGAGGAACAAAGCCCAGGCACCAUUGUUGCCAACAUAACAGCUAAAGAUCCAGAUGAUGAAGGCUCUCCCAGCAGACUUUUCUACAGCAUCCAGUCUUCUGACCGAUAUUUCUCCAUAAAUCCAUCGACUGGAGUGCUGCAGGUGACCGGCAGAAUUGACCGUGAUUCCCUUCCACUGCAGCUCCAUCCCAACAUCUCACUGAUAGUCCAGGUGGAGGACAGUCCCAGCAAUGGUCAUGCCAGUAAAAUGGAGAUCACAAUCAUUAUUGAUGAUAUCAAUGACAACCCGCCAGAAUGCAGUCCUUCUGCCUUCAGGAAAGAAGUAAAUGAAAAUACGGCUCCUGGGACAUUUGUCAUUGAUCUUAGAAACUACUGUAAAGAUAUUGAUGUUGAUCCAUCAAACAAUCAAUUUAAUUUCACUGGAUUAUCUGGUUUUGGAAGCAAUAACUUCAUUCUGGAUUCCACUGUGUCUGGAAGACUUGUGAUGACUGGAACUAUUGAUUUAGAGAGCCCAGCUAAUCCAGGAAUUGAAGUUUAUACUUUGACUGUCAGGGUGCAAGAUAUUGCCCAUCCUAACUACUCAAAUAUCAUCUACAUUUACAUCAGGAUAAAGCCAGUGAAUGAAUUUUUUCCAGUCUUCAGUACUUUAUCUUACAUAUUUAAUGUUUCAGAAAUUACUAAAGUUGGAUCCAGCAUUGGAAGAGUGCAUGCCACAGAUGAGGACUGGCCACCCACUGUCAUCACUUAUUCCAUUGUAGCUGGAGGAGGCACCAGGGAUUACACAAAUAUCUUCUGGAUCAGCACAACCAAAGGAGAUGUGAGGAUUUUAGCUAGAUUAGACUAUGAAACAACUCAGAAACACGUUUUCAUAGUACAGGCCUCAGACCAAGAAAAGUUUACAACAGCAUCAGUAACUGUGAAUGUUUUGGAAGUAAAUGAUGAAGAACCAGUUUGUUCACCUAAUUUCUAUUCAUUUCAAAUCCCAGUCAGCUUAGCUGUUGGGACCAAUAUUAACGGCUUCAGGAUUGAAUGUCAAGAUCGUGAUUCUGAUCCCAGGUCUUUCCGUUACUUCAUUAAUGAAGGCAACGAGAACAAUCAUUUCACUUUUUCACCAAGUGCCGGCUCCAAUACAUCUCGGCUGAUUCUUGCAUCGCGGUUUGACUAUGAGAGCGGGUUUGACACAAGCUGGAUUUACAAUCUGCGUGUCUACAUAACAGAUGACAAUUUACUGUCUGGCAGGGACAAAACUACACAUUUAAUUGAAACUGGAACGGUGACUUUAAGCAUCAGAGUUAUCCCAAACCCAACUACUGCCAUUACCACGACACCUGGCUUCACUGUUGUGACAAGAAGGGAGAACCUCUACUCUGCAUCGGCGUGGUACGUGCCGUUCAUCGUCACCCUUGGCAGUUUGCUGCUCCUCGGACUCCUGGGGUUCCUGGGAUUCCUGCUGGUGACCUGGGUCCGCACCUGCUGCCCUCCAGCAGGGAAAGCACACCGCACACCUCUGAUAGAUGCUCCAGAAAAGAAGAAACCUAAGAAAGACGUGGUUGUGACGAUGACAAAGCUAAAUACUAUCUUUGAUGGAGAAGCCAGAGACCCAGUUACUGGCAGAAUGUAUGAAUUCAAUACGCGGUCGGGGGCCCGGAGGUGGAAGAAGAGCAAUGAGCCCCUUAAGCCAAUGAUGGCUGGUCAGGUUACAUGGGGUGCCACAGACAAUAGUGGCCAAGGGACAAAUGGAGCAGAGGCAGCAAGUAAAAAAGAACCUUCAGAGAAGAGGAAAGAGCUGACUGCAGCAACAAAACCAGCUACCAAGCCCUCAGCAGACCAGGAUGGACUGAGAUUACAAAAGCAGAAAGAGGAGUCUGAGGGCAGGGGGUUAUCCUCAGUGGCUCCUCAAGGCGGGAACUGACCUCCUAUCCCCAAAUGAACCCUGCAUUACCAUUAAGCCAGAGUUCAUGAGAUUCCAAGCUGCUUUCCAAGCAACCUCUGAUCUGAAUAGCCAAAGAAUCAGAUGUGAUUUUUCUCUAUAUAUUUCUCAGCUGCAAAACAUAAGGUGGCCACUGGUGUGUAUACUGGACCCAAAACCAGGAUGAAGCUGGAGGUACCUUUGACAGGUGCGUGUAUGAGUGGGAGAGAAAGGGAGGACAUGAAAGUGGGAGAAACGGAAACAAAAGCAGAGUCACAGAUAAGAAUUCACUGCCCACUGCCCCCUACGGACACUGGCAGUGUCCUCCUGGAGGAGCUCUGCAACCCCAACCAACAUGGGCACAUCCUCUGAUUGCCUUUGGGAAUGGCAGCAUACGUAGGGAUGUGCUUUCUCACCAGCAAAUGUGGUCUCCUGUCCCUGCUGAGCAGCAGAAUGAGUGUAAACCACAUCAGGGUAGAAAUGUGGGUAGAAAUGUGUGUUUAUAGAAGCUAAAAAUACUUGCUUUUCAUUGAGUAUUUUAUUUCAGCCCUUCCUUGCCCUCCCAUCUUGCUGUAGAAAAGACUGUGGCUUGAAAGCAAUUAUGGAGUGCAGAAAACCCACAGCUUGUUAUGGUAUCUCAGGCUGUCAUGUCAACGCUUUCAGCUUAUUUAUCUUUCAUAACACUAGCAACACUAGCAGCAUUUAAUAUCUUCACCUUUGGUAUUUUCUCUGGCAUAUUUAAUGCUUUACAGAAUCAAGCGGAACACACUCAAAAGAAUAAUGACAGUAAGCACAUGGGGUGAAAUAAUCUUUUCCGAGUGUGGGCAUGUAUAAUGUAAGUGCUGUCUAAGAACUGAUAUAAAACAAGCAAACCCUACGAGAUUUCUGAAAAUUAUUUUAAUCUGAAGAAAAAUAGUUAUAAAUGAUGACUUAAUGCUUCAUAUCUUGGCUUCUUUUCUUUCCUGAUUACAAAAGGGUUUUUUGGCAACAAAGGGCUGAUACCAGGUGACGAAAGAAAAACUCGGUUUAACUUGAGCAGGGACAGACAAUGAAGAUUUUAUUCAGUCUGUCAGAUGCGUUGUUUUUUGUCAUACAAUGAAGGACCUGGAUGGAGAGGUCCAUGAUAAUUUCACCAAGGAUCCUACACUUCACAAAACCACCUGUCAUGGUGUUGUGACCCUUUGCUGUGCUCCAAAGGAGUGGUUUGGCUCAGCAACAACUUCCCUUACAAACACCAAUCACCUUCAGUCAAAUGCUCGUUCAUUGCACAAUCAGAAACCCAGCAUGUAAUGAAUAUCACAAUGAUAGAGAUAGGAAAGAGUGAUUUAUACUCUGUUAGCAUGUUAUCAGUUUAUUGUGUUCCUGGUGGUUGUCAUAGUAUUGUUUGACCCUCCAGCAACAACAGGGCCAGACACACAUUCAGUGCUCCAACCCACUAUUGUUUGCAUUUGUUUGCUGUAAAUACAAUACAUUUGAUUCCUAUGCAGGUGAUUUUCCAGUGACAUAGAGAAACUCUGCAGCAAGUGAUAGUACUGCUGUAGCUCUGAUCUUCCUAGCACUCUGGCACGAAGCUACCCAUAGGCAUACAUGGCACCUCCAAAUGGUAAAUUUUGUCACCUAAAGAAGUUAACUGCAUUGCUUUCAUGACAGGAAGACACACAGGCAUUUGUAUUUACUUUCCUGGACAUUUCUCUAGGGCAGCUGCUCUGCUUCCUCAGUUAUUCUCAUUCUACUUUAGUGAUUAAGAGGCAAAUACCUUUUUUUUUGAAAGGAGGCAGAGACAGGCUGUAGUUUCAGCCAGGAAAUCUGCAAAGGGACAGAUGAAUACUCGUCUUUCUUUACUACUGUUCCCGCCUCUGAACUGCACAAACUUAUUUCCUAUCUUCUCAGGAAAAAAAACCCCAACAGCAGCAUAACAUGGUAUCACAGCAUACUCCAUACAUCCAUGUAUGCAAACACAUUGUCACAGCCAACACUGCUGGUGCUGUAGUCUCUGACAGCUGGCCAACAGCUGGGUGAAAAGCAACUACUCUCAUAGUGAUGCUCACAUACUCUAACCUCAGAACAACAACCUCAGAGUUCUACAAAGAGGUGCCAUGGACUUAAGAGACACCAGAUCCAAGAGCUAACACUGCCCAGAAUGCUUGCACCUGGUUGAGGUGUGUUUAGCUGGUAUACUCAGAGUCUGGGGCCAGGGAAGGGGGGGGCAGGUUUAGGCAAGAUAAAGCAUCCUGUGAGUCUGUGCUGCAUGGGUAAACAAUAGUGCUGACCAUAAACUGCAGCUUCACCAGUCCUUACACUGUUGCUUCAAUAUGUGCUAUGCUGAUCUCCAGGUCCAACAAAUUCUUCAUCCUGAUCUUCACUGCAGGACCUUGUUUUGGGCAGGACUACUUUCCUUGCUUGGGAUCUACUAAAUCAAGGAAUAACAAGGCUUUAUAUGAGCAAUAGCUUUAUGCAAAAGUGGCACCAUUUUCCUCUUAGCUUCCCCUGCUACUAUUGAUGUUUCUCCCCGUGAAGUAAUCAAGAAUGAAUUUAGGUCUCAUUGAGCCAAAGCACAGCCAUUCAUUUCUCUGGGCUGCCUUUGAUAAGGCAAAAGCUGAGAAGAUAAAACUGACUGACCUAGAUGUACACCUACUACUUAUUAUAUCAAAAAACACAUGAAAUGAUGCUUUGAAUAUAUGCAAAAGCAACAUAUAUUUUUCAUAAAAUAGAAAUUAUAAUAUACCGUGCAAUGCAGCUUUAAAUGUUAGAAACCUCUUCUAAUUGUCAAACCAGCUUUUGUGCUUUUUCUCAUUCAUAAGUGCCUCCUAGAGCACAGAUUCAGUGUCCUGAACUGGCACUAGAUGGACUGAGAGCAAAGAUUAAGUGCAGCUCUACACAAUAAAAGCAUUCGAUAAUUGGAACAAUUAGCCAAGACCAGGAGGCCUUUCCAUCAUUUGAAGCCUUCAGAAGUCAAGAAUGGCUGCUGUGUGCUGUAGAGGGUCAGACUAGAUGAUGGGAACAGCCUCUCUAGUCUUCAACAGCUCUGUUAGUCUCCAUGCACACAGAUACAAGGUGUGAACUUUGGUGCCAUUUAUUUUAGAGUGAUGACACUGAUAAGUUUAGACUAGAAGAAGAAAGGCACCUGGUGGUUCAAGCAGAGUGGCUGAGGGCAACAGUUCCUGACCUACAGCUGCCUAUUACGUGUUAUGCAUUAAUUUUAUCUGAUCUACAAAAAUCAGUGUGAGUUCUGCCACAGGUUUUGAUUGCUGUGUCUCUACCUAUUACACAUCUCUGAAGUGCUUUGAGACCUGUGGAUUAACAUUGCUCUGAAAGUAUCAAGAGUGAUUAGGAAAGAGCACAGGUCACUUUUCCUGACUGAGUCUAAUUCCCCCAGUAGCUUAUGUGUGACCAUGUUACUGAGGUUUUUGUGCUGUUCUCCAAACUGAAUGUACUUCUAAUGCAUAAAUGUUCUGCUUUCAUGCUGGUGUUAUAAAUAGCACUUGCAAUAAACAUCAGAAGUCUCA